GUACGCGUCGCAGCCAGUGCAGUACAGCAGGGCUGUGAUUCAGGCCUCGCCGAUACCCUGGGAGGACAUGGAGGACGAGGGCGACAGCGACGAGGAUGCCGAGGGCCAGCAGAUGAAGGAUCCUGCUCGGCGACCAGAGGAUGCGCCGAAGCCCCCGCCCGGCGCGCUGCACCCGUCUAUGGGGAGCGAGGGACACGCCGCUGGCACCUGCAAGAGGUGCUGCUUCUUCCCCCGCGGCCGCUGCACCAACGGGUACGAGUGUGAGUUCUGCCACUACGACCACGAGAAGCGGAAGAGGAAGAACAAGAAGAAAAAGAAGAAGGACUCUGCCGCGGCCGCGCCUUUGGGCCUGCCGCAGGGCGGCCAGAGGCUGGUCGUCAUGCCGUCGCAGGUGAGCGGGCUGCAGCCGUCGCCGGCCACAUCUGUGCUGGCCUCUGCGCCCGCAGACGGCAGGCCCCAUCCGCAGCAGCUCGCCCCCCCGCCGCUGCAGCUGGCCCCGCCGCUGCCGCUGCUGGCGGCCACCGCCGUGUCGGCGGCCUAUUCGCAGCCCGUGCAGGCACUUGCGGCCGGGCCGCCGCUGCUGCCGCCCCCGCCGUCCGCGGAUGGCUCCCCGCAGCGGCUGCUGUACUGUGGGCCUCCGCCGCAGGCGCCGCUGGCCUUCGCGCCGCCGCAGGUCCUGCAGGCGGGCGCGCAGCCAGCGCAGGCGACGUACUUUGUGCGGCCCGGCCAGGCCGUCCCGAUGGUCCAGCAGCCGCACCAGAUGGUGCCGCUGCAGACCAUAACCGGCGCCCAGGCGCCGCUGCCCAUGCAGCCCCCGAGCCCCCCGCCGGCCCUGGCGGCCAUGCAGCGGCCCCUGAGCCCGCCGACGCUGACGUCGGUUGCCGACGCGGCGCCGCCACCCCCUCUGGUGUCGCCGACGUUUGGGCAGGCGCAGCCCGUGGAUACGCAUGAGACCAAACCUGCGCGGAUCUGGGCUGCCGCAAUCGCCGUGGCACCUUGCUUGACCACAGCGGCCUUUGCCCAGCCGCCCUGCGGCCAGCCACGCGGGCUCGCCCAGCUGCCAAGGCUCUGA